CUUGUUUAUCUCACUCGCGGGCACUCAAAAUUACGGCCGUCGACAGGCUGCCUCAUUAGCCUUGCGUUCAAGAUAACUGUAAUUAAAGAAAAGUGCUAUGUGGUUAUUUACGAAAGGGGAUUCAGAUGGUUUGCUAAGUUCAGCCACAUCACUUGGUUUGAGUUUCUCUCAUGACCCAGUUCCAGGUUUCUGCAUUGAUCCACCAAAUUCAGAACCGUUAGGAUCAAUUCAAGGUCCAUAUAAUUUGACAUGGAAACUACUCCCUGGUUUAAAGAAAAAAUCCAAAGAAGAAGUUACUAUAUUUAUAUGUAACCUAAACUCUAGUAACGGGUCAAGUGAAAACGAAUCACUUUUAUCUUCUCUUCAACGGACUGCCAAAUGGAUGAAAACACUGCGACAUCCAAAUAUGCUUACUUGGAUAGGAGGUACAGAGAUAGGAUCAGGAAAAUUACCUAAUGAAUUUGGCUUUGUCACGGAACGUGUAUUACCAUUACGGAAAUAUCUAUCCCUUAAGGCAGACUGCGGAAAUUUUAAUCUUCUGUCAUCAUGGGGCAUACACCAGAUUGCUAAGGCGUUAAUUUUUUUAAACGAUGAUGGAAAACUAGCACACAAUGCCGUACGCUUAGAUAGUGUAUUUGUGACUACAGCUGGUGAAUGGAAACUGGGUGCUUUAGAUUUUGUUGGACCGAUUAAUGAACCCCCAUCGUCUUCCCGACAAACGGUUGGUUUUGCCAACGGUAAUACGGCAGAUCCUUAUACUCCUUCAGACGGUCGUCUUGUUGAUUCUUGGGGUUUAGGCUGUUUAAUAUGGGAGAUAUUUAAUCCGUUUACAACUUUAAAAGAUCGUACCCAAUUAACAGAAACUACCUAUCUGAAAAAUAUUCCUAAAGCUUUGGUUUCUGACUAUCGACGGCUAGUAGCUGCAAGUGCUACAAAAGGCGGAGUGAAACGUUCUACUGUUGCUCAAUUUCUUCGAUCAGCUCGUAACUCAGAGAAAGAAGGAUUUCUAGCCAAUGAUUAUGUUGAUACACUGUUGUUUCUCGAAGAGAUUGAAUUAAAGGAUAGUCAGGAAAAGUCCACAUUCCUCAAGAAUCUUGCAACACAAGUAACAAGUUUUCCAGAUGAUGUAUGCCGUCAUAAAAUUCUACCACAUUUAGUGAAUGGUUUACGUUAUGGAUCAGCUGGAAUCGAUGCUUUACUCCCUGUAUUACGUCUUAUCCCUUUACUAUCUGAAGCUGAUUUCCAAUCAUAUGUUCUACCGUGUCUUUUAAAAUUAUUCUCAUCACCAGAACGUGCAACACGUGUACGCCUAUUAGAACAUUUACCGGAUUUUAUACAACAUUUGCCGACAAAAGUUAUCGAGGCACAAAUAUUUGCACCAGUUUCUGCUGGUUUCACAGAUACUCAUCCUAUUGUACGUGAAGCAACUGUACGUGCAAUGAUUCAUUUGGCGCCAAAACUUUCAAAUAAGUUAUUAAAUGAAAAUGUGAUUAAACAUAUUACUGUAUUACAAGUGCGUGAUGAACAAGGUGGGAUUCGAACUAAUUCAACUGUAUGUUUAGCUAAGCUAGCACCAUACUUUUCAACACAAACCCAACGUGGUCCAAUGUUGAGUGCUUUUCUUCGUGCAACUCGUGAUCCAUUCCUACCGAAUCGUCAAGCAGCAAUAACCGCACUGGCUGCUACACAAGAAUAUUAUACAAAUGAUCUUCUAGCUGGGAAACUUCUACCAUGUUUAUCAUUUCUUACAACUGAUCCGGAAAAAUCAAUACGUGAUGAUACAUUUCGUGCUAUGCGUGGAAUACUAGACAGAUUGGAACAUGCAAGUGAAAACAACACAAUCAGUCAAUCAUCAGACAAUCAAACAACAGCAGAUAUAAACGAUCCUUCGAAUUCUUCACGUCUCAGUACAACUAGUGUAGCUGCAGCUAGUGCUCUAACUCAAUGGGCUUUAUCUGCUUUAUCCUUUUCUAGUCGUCUUUUACCAGCCUCUUCAUCCUCAGCCACUACUACUACUAAUACUACUACUACAACCACAGGAAGUGUAACAAAGCCCUUGAAUAAACAAGAACCAUCAUCAAUAUCUAAUUCCACGUCUUUAUCAUCAGUGAAUAAAACUUCAAAAGUUAUUGAAAAAGGUGAUGAAAAAUCGUUUGGUAGAAAAGACAAUUUGGAUAUUGCAAACAAAUUUCCCUCCUCAAAUACAACGUCAAAUAAACCUCUUAGUUUCAACAAAAAGAAUUUGAAUUCAUCAGACCUUUUAGAUACUGAUGAUAUUGAUAUCGAGGAUGGCGAUGAUUGGAAUGUGGAUUUUGAUGAUGGUGAUGCUGAUGCUGAUGACGUUGUUGGCACCGAAAAUGCUGGUGACAACAAAUCAACAUUAUUAAAAAAUGCACAAUCAACCAACAGAACAUCAAAUGCUGAACCUAUUCCUCUUGUAGCCUCAUCCUAUUGGGAUGAUAAUCAAUCAAGUCAAACGACAAAAUCAAAGCUUACUUCAUCAGAUUGGGAUUCAGAUUCAUUUUUUGAUAAUCUCACUUUACAAGAGAAUACUUCUGGAGGCGGCAAAAAAGCAGUCAAAAAGGUGGGUAAUGGUGGAAAGUUAACAAAAACAAAACAUCCCAAUAACCAAUUGACAAAAGUAUCCAACAAGCCACUGCUAGCCAAUACUGAGGUUAAAAAUUCUACUGAUAUACCCUCGUCUAAUAAACCACCCGUUCAGCUAUCUAAAGAAUCUAAAAAAUCGAUGUCUCCUGGUGUAAAUAACAGUACUACUGAAACAACAGAUGAUUGGGGUGAUUGGUAGUCUUGCCCAAUGGGAUAUAUAUGUACAUGCAUGCACACACACACUCACAAAUGGUUGCGUAACACGUGAUAUUUACAUUUUGUAAAAAUACUCCUCACCCAUUAUGAAGGGAGGGGAUUCUGUGUAUAUUUAUUUAAAUUUUUUUGAGUUGAUGAGUUGAGAAUAACCACAUGGGCUGUGUAUGCGUGUGUGUGUGUCAGGGGGGGAGAGUGCGCGAUGCAGUAAAACAGCCGUUUUCUCUCUCUCUCCCCCUCUCAUAGAGACAGACUUGUGCUUAGUUAGGCUGUGUGUACAACUUCUCUUUCCGCCUUGCUUCAUCACUUGUAUGUAAUAUCAAACUUGUGUUUUAGACAACUCUAUACUUUAUCUAAUUAUUUUCUAUAUAUAUAUAUAUAUAUAUAUAUAUAUAUAUAUAU